AAUGUCCAUCUUUAGCUAGGAAAAAAAAUCCUCAUGGUAGCAAGGUAUUAGUAUGUCGUCUGUACAUAAACUUAACGUCCAGGAGGUCAGCAGACCCGACCAUGUAAGCGCUUAGCUUGAUAUAUUUGUCCGUUGCAGAGUAGCUUUGAAACAUUACUUCACUGGGUUCACAGCUCGGUAGCUAGUCAACUGACGUUAGCGUUGGACGAGGACAGUGACAAGCGAUGACGGUCAGGGGAACCAGCCGAAAUCCCGGGACAUAUCCGGUCUUACUCGCCAUCUUUCUGCUAAUUUUGAGUGUACAGUCGGUGAAAGCGGCCUCUGAUUAUGACCCUUACAAAAUCCUGGGUGUCAGCAGGAGUGCCAGUCAAGCAGAAAUCAAAAGGGCGUACAAGAACCUGGCCAGAGAAUGGCAUCCAGACAAGAAUAAGGACCCAAAUGCUGAGGACAUGUUCAUAAAGAUUUCUAAGUCGUAUGAGAUUUUGUCUAAUGAAGAGCGAAGGUCCAACUUUGACCGUUAUGGGCAGAUGGAUGAAAACCAGCCCUUUGGCCAGUCACAACAUCACGGUUUCCGAAGCUUCCACAACAGCUUCUACUUUGAUGAGUCUUUUUUCCAUUUCCCCAGGUCCAGGGACUUUGCAGACAGCAAGUACCUGCUUCACCAUGCGCAGUUUAACAGUGAAGUCCUUCCAGAUAGCCAAAAGAGGCCCUACCUAAUCAAAGUGACCUCUGAGUGGUGCUUUGCUUGCAUCCACAUUGAGCCUGUGUGGAAGGAGACGGUGCAGGAACUGGAGCCAUUGGGUGUGGGCAUCGGCAUUGUGGACCUGGGUUAUGAGCGUCGCCUGGCCAGCCAGCUGGGAGCUCACCGUGCUCCCUCCAUCAUCGGGCUGGUGAAUGGCAGGGUGACCUUCUUCCAUCAAGCUGUAGUACGGGAACACCUGCGACAGUUCAUUGAAGACCUGCUGCCCAACAAACUGGUAGAAAAGAUCACAGAUAACAACUACCUGUCUUUCCUGGACAACUGGCAUGUGGAAAAUAAACCCAGUGUUCUCUUGUUUGACCAAGUCCCAGUUGUUCCCCUGCUCUACAAAUUAACAGCAUUCACCUUCAGAGACUAUGUGCGGUUCGGCUAUGUGGACCAGGGCGACACACACUGCAAUCGGCUCCUACGCCAGUUCAACAUAAACACAUACGCCCCCACCAUGCUGCUGUUUAAGGAGGACACAGAGAAGCCUGUUGACAUUAUCCAGGCCAGAGGGAUGAAGCGACAGAUCAUGGAUGAGUUUGUCUCCAACAACAAGUUCCUGCAGGUGCCACGGCUCGUCAAUCAGCAACUUUUUGAUGAGCUGUGUCCUGUCAAGCAGUUCCACCGACGGAGGAAGUACUGUGUGCUGCUGAUCACAGGGGAGGACCAAGCCUUUCUUCCUGGCAAUAAGGCUUUCCUGGACUUUGCCUCAGCUAACAAAAAAGAGGUGCUGCGCUUCGCAUACGUCUACCAGCGUCAGCAGCAGCCACUCUGUCAGGCACUGCUCCACAAUCAGGUCUCACUCUCACCUCAGGUGGUGAUUCUCGAGAGGCGGAGCCAGGCUGGUAAAGUCCUGUACCGCUCUGUGAGUGGUGGCUGGAACGGCAGCGAAGAAGACAAGUCCCGCCUCCAAGAGCAGCUGGAGCUCCUUCAGAAGGACCCCACCUAUCUGAGCUCAGACGCCACCCUGCCAGAGCUCAACAACGAGAUGGCCCCCAUUUUUAUUGUUCAGUGGAUGAACGCUGCCUAUGAUUACAUCCUUCAAGUAUAUGAUGACCUUCUCUACUCAAACUGGCGAGAGAUGAUGCCCAUCCUGUCCUUGAUCUUCUCAGCUCUCUUCAUUCUUUUUGGCACCGUCAUCAUCCAGGCCUUCAGUGAGCCAGGUGAGAACAAACCCCGGAAACCAAUGCCAAGGGAGCAACCACAAGCUGAGGACAAUGCAUCAAGUAGAGCAAGUACCUCAAGCCGCCCUCCUAAGAAGGACUUUGUGGAAGUGACAGAGCUGACAGACAUCACGUACACUAGUAACUUGGUCAAGCUGAGGCCUGGCCAAAUCAAUGUUGUACUGGUGCUCACUAACGCCUCCAAGAAUGCCUUGCUCCGGAAAUUUGCCAAAGAGGUUUUUUCUUUCUCUGGGACUCAGACCCUCCACUUCUCAUUCCUCAACGCGGACAAGCACUCCAACUGGAUGCCGUCACUCCUUCUCUCUGCCUCUGACGCUGCAGAGAGCAAGGGCCGUUCAGAUGAAGAUGAGGAGCCUACGGACUACGCCGGAUACGUCCUGGCCCUCAACGGCUACAAGAAGUACUUUUGCCUCUUUAGGCCCGUCUUCACAGGGGAGGAUCCCCACGACUCCUCAUCUGAGACCUCAUUCUCUUCUGACAGCAGGAGAAAGUCCCGGUCCAGGUCCAGGUCCAGUUCCCACUCUCGAUCCCGCUCCCAUUCUAGGGAGGACGGGGCCGUCCCCAAGAGAGGCUCCAGUAGGGCCACCAGCAUAGAAGUCCACCAUAAGCUUGACAGACUGGGACUAUGGAUGGAAAGGCUAAUGGAGGGCACCCUGCCCAGAUUACAUGUCCCUGGAUGGCCCUCUCUUGAUGAAACUGCUUCCCACACAGACAGCUGAGGUAAAAAUAAGGUUGGUACGAAUGGUAGCAGAUUCACUUUAUGGUCUUGCCUCCUGAUUAAGUUCUUUAGCAAGAAAGCUGCAGGGUGUCGCAGUUUUCAAAUUAUUAUUUAAGUUCUCUUUUGCAGAGUUAAGUUGCUACACUGAACAGUUGCAACCGGUUUACAGAAUGUCUUAUUUCAUCUGUUAUAGUUACAAUGCUGUUGGAAACAGUGGCUUAGAUUAGUGUGCAACAACAAAUCUGCACCUGUGUGCAUCUUUAAGGCACGAGGCAAACGCAUAUUGAAGCAGAGGCAAAGUCUGAGCUGUGUGACACCACUUCAUGUCAAAAAAGGAGAAAAUCUAUAUGAAAAAAACAACAACAUAAACACAUGGAAUUUUCUCUGUUGUGGUCCUGAAAACAUCUGAAAUGAGUCAGAGUUGUUGCACAGACAUACACAGUCAAGCUCCACACACACACACAGAUGGUGUAUGUUGUUACUUAGCUAAAGGUCUUUGUGGUA